CGAAAAAACAACCUGGGGCCCAAGGACCCCAUGGAAAUGCCUGUUUCUGGCACAGGAAGCUUCAAGCACACAGAGGAUGGCAACACAAUAUUACAUGAGAUGAAUAUUCAGUAUCCAACAGCCUCUUUGAUUGAAAAAGAAGCUGCUGCCCAGGAUGACAUUACUGGUAAUGGCAAGACUUCAAAUGUUCUCAUCAUUGGAGAGCUGCUGAGGCAGGCAGAUAUCUAUAUCUUUGAAAGUUUGCACCCUCAAAUCAUAACAGAAGAGUUUGAAAUGGCCAAGACAAAAAUCCAUGAAAUCUUUAAUUGUAUCAAAAUAAGCAAGGAAAUUGAUAGAGAAAUUAUCAUUGAUGGAAUGUCCCUGUGCACCAAAGUCAAUGCUGAUUUGGCUAAUGUACUGACAGAGACAGUGGUAGCCUUAAUUUUGACUGUUAGAAAACCAGGUGAACCCAUUGAUCUUUUCAAGAUAGAGAUCAUGGAGAUUAAGCAUAAAUUGGAGACUGACAAGAUGUUGAUCAGAGGGCUGGUUCUGGACCAUGGUGUCUCCUAUCCUGAUACAAAGAAAAGAAUAGAAGAUGCUUUCAUUCUUACAUGCAAGGUUUCAUUAGAAUAUCAAAAAAAAAAAAACAAAACUGUUUUAAUACAAAAAUGUAGAGGAAAGAAGCUAGUAAAACCAGAAAGGAAAUCUGUUGAAGACAGAGUAAAGAAAAUAGAACUGAAAAGAAAAGUAUGUGGUGAUUCAAGUAUUUGUUGUUAUAAUCAAAUGGGAAUUGACCCAUUUUCUCUAGAUGCUGUUGCAAAAGAAGGGAUAAUAGCUCUCUAAGCAAAAAGAAGAAAUAUGGGGAGAUUGAUUCUUGCUUGUAACAGGAUGGCUAUGAAUGUUUUAGAUGACCUAAAUUCUGAUUGUUUGGGACAUGCAGGACUUGUCUAUGUAUACAUAUUGGUAGAAAAGAAGUUCAUCUUCAUUGAAAAAUGUGGCAACCCUCAAUUUGUCAUGUUGUUAAUCAAAGAACCAAAUAAGCACAUGAUUACACAUGUCAAGAAUGAAGUGACAGACAAUCUUUGA